AUGAAUGGCGGUCGCCUUGCCUUCGUGGCUACUUCCGCGCUCGCUUUAUUUGCAACAGGAGCAAAGGCACACGGAGGAGAUAUGUCGAAGAUACAAGACGGAAAUGCUAUGAGCAUAGAACCUAUCGAUUCGAUAUUAUGGAUUCACAUUUUACUACAGAUGUUAGCAUUUGGCAUUAUAUUUCCGACCGGAAUGGUUCUUGGGAUUGUGCGAAAUAGAUGGCAUGUGCCCGUACAAGUAUUAGGAACAGUUAUCGCGGUGGUGGGAUAUUUCUUGGGGCAUCUCCAUGGAGGACGAGUCUUUGCGAAGAAUGCGCAUUCGGCAUUCGCCAAUAUCCUGAUGCUUAUGCUUGCCGUUCAAGUCGUUUUCGGUAUCUACCUCAAGUUCCAUAUCACCAAAGGUUUCCACGGAAAGAUUCGAAAGGUCGCGGUUCAUGGGCAUGGAAUUGUGGGAAAGACAAUGCCAGUCGUUGCAUGGGUACAAAUGCUUUUCGGUGGUAUUACAGCUUUGGGUUUCUGCCGUGAUGAUCAUCUUGGUCAAUGUCUUGCACACUUCAUCAUGGGUAGUGCAUUCAUCGGAUAUGGUAUCCUGCUUACGAUUGUUAUGCUUGUUGGACAAGUCUGGUUGAAGAAAACCGGGCGAUCCCAAGAAUUCUUCGACUCAGCGGUUAUUGCAGCUUGGGGUUGUGUCAACACUUUCACGGAACAUAGAUGGGGUGGUCCAUGGGUUGCAAACGAUAUUCAACAUACUACCAUGGGAGUAAUCUGGUGGACUGCUGGUUUAGCAGGAGUUUGGUUGAGCAGAAAGAGGGACGGUUCGCCAAAGAGGAACUUUAUUCCUGGUUUCGUCAUCUUCAUCACUGGAUGGGCUAUGUCUGGUCACCCACAACAUCUUCCACUCAGCACCAUGGUCCAUAGCGUUUUUGGAUAUACUCUGAUGGCUGCUGGACUUUCAAGAAUUAUUGAAAUUGCAUUCGUUCUGAGAGAUAGGGCCACACUUUCCGAGGACGGUGAUGCUAAUAGUUUCCAAUACGUUCCACCAUUCUUACUUUACGCAUCUGGAUUUUUGUUCAUGGGAGCAACCGAAGAACAGAUGAAACUGAUCUCUGAUUCAGGAAUCACUCACGUAUCCUACGUCCUUGUGUUAUACAGUUUCUCCUUCCUCGUCUUCUUGUUGACCAACGUGUUGGUUCAUGUCUAUGUGGUCAACUCCAGUGCGCCUCCAGUACCCCCAAAGGACGGAGAAGAAGCUGCAGCCCGAGUCCCACGGAUGAAUGGACAUAUUCAUACGGAUUCAAGACAAAUUCGAGAUGCGGAAGAAUUUGAGUUGGAGGGAUUAAUGAGUGAAGACGAAUCACCAGAGAGCCCGAGCACUUUAGGAAAGAAUAAUGAGGCUCGAGUUGCGUAA